AUGAAGGCUGCCAUUCUUGCCAACAUGGAUGAUUCCUCUUCAGGAACAGCCACACCUGUGGAUGUUGAAAAGGCUGGACAUGGAGAGGAUAUUCGAAAGAGGUUGACUGUGACGUUCCGCGCUCUCAGCGUCCGUGUAACAGCUCCCGAUGCUGCUUUAGGAAGCACGCUUUGGUCUGUGAUGGACCCACGCCAGCUUGGGAACGUAUUCAGACGAAAGGAGGAUCAAAAGAGGAAAAAGACCAUUUUGAACAAUAUUUCCGGCCAGGUGAAACCUGGAGAGAUGCUUCUAGUUCUGGGCCGUCCGGGUUCAGGAUGUACAUCCCUUCUCUCGGUUUUGUCAAAUGACAGGGAGCAAUUCAGCGAGGUCGACGGAGACCUGAGAUUCGGUAGCAUGGAUCACACAGCUGCAAAGGAUUUUCGUCAGCAGAUCAUGUUCAACAAUGAAGACGACUUACACUUCCCUACACUUUCCGUGAAUCGCACAUUGAAAUUUGCGUUGCGCAACAAGGUUCCUCACGAGCGGCCUACUGAGUUGGCUUCCCACCAAGACUACAUUAUGGGGAAACGCGACACCAUUCUCGAUUCUCUGGGCAUUGCUCAUACGAAGAAAACAAGAGUUGGAAAUGAGUAUAUCCGGGGUGUGUCUGGCGGUGAGCGGAAACGAGUCUCCUUGGCUGAGGUUAUGGCGGGACAGAGUCCAGUUCAAUUAUGGGACAAUCCUACACGUGGUCUCGAUUCCAAGGCAGCCCUUGAAUUUGCUCGGCUUUUGCGGCGAGAGGCAGAUGAGAAUCACAAAACAAUCAUCACGACGACCUAUCAGGCCGGGAACGGAAUCUAUGAUGCCUUCGACAAGGUUUUGGUACUGGCUGAAGGCCGUGUCAUCUACUACGGCCCUCGCUACCUAGCAAAGGAAUACUUCGAAUCUCUUGGCUUCACUUGUCCGCGAGGUGCCAACAUAGCAGACUAUCUCACGUCUGUGACUGUGUUGACAGAGAGAAUAGUCCGCCCUGGUUGGGAAGAACGUGUCCCCAACACCCCAGAGGAAUUUGAAGCCAUUUAUCAUGGCAGCGAUAUUUGCCAAGAACAAAUGGUAUCGAUCGUGCCUCCAGAGCAAUUGAGCCAUGAGACGGAAGAUCUCCGCAUCGCCGUCGCAAGCGAGAAGCGAAAGAAGCUCCUACCUCUCAAGCAAAGCGUUUAUACCGCAGGACUCUGGGAUCAGGUUCGCUCUUGCACGUUGCGACAGUUCCAGAUCAUGUGGGGUGACAAACUGUCACUCUUCAUCAAAGUGUUCUCGGCGAUCAUUCAAGCCUUGGUUUGCGGAUCUCUCUUCUACAAUCUUCCUGACGACAGUGGUUCGAUCUUCACGCGACCAGGUGUCGUUUUCUUCCCAGUUAUCUACUUCCUCUUGGAAUCCAUGUCGGAAACAACAGCUUCUUUCAUGGGCCGUCCAAUUCUGUCUCGACAAAAAAGAUUUGGGUUCUACCGCCCGACUGCCUUUUGUAUCGCCAAUGCCAUUACCGACAUUCCCGUCAUCAUGAUACAAGUCAGCUGUUUCUCGCUGGUGUUGUACUUCAUGUCCGCCCUACAGAUGGACGCUGGGCGGUUCUUCACAUUUUGGGUCAUUGUCAUUGUACAAACUCUGUGCUUCGUUCAGCUGUUUCGAUCAGUGGGCGCUUUGUGCUCGAAGUUUGGUACCGCAUCUGAACUUUGCGGGCUGCUUUCGACGGUGUUCUUUGUGUAUGGAGGCUAUCUUGUACCUUUCUACAAGAUGCGCGUUUGGUUCCGCUGGAUCUUUUAUCUCAACCCUGGCGCUUAUGCAUUUGAGGCAUUGAUGGCCAAUGAGUUCGUCGGUAGGCAACUUGUCUGCAAAGAGCCCUAUUACAUCCCGUAUGGCGCCAGCUAUCCCGAUACUGCAUCCCCACACCGAGCUUGCUCGGUAGUCGGGAGCAAUGCAGAAGGGAUAAUCGACGGUGCUGCAUACAUCCAUGAGCAGUACAAUUACUCGCCCCACCAUAUUUGGCGCAGCUUUGGUGUCAUCAUUGGAUUCUGGCUCUUCUUUAUUGGGUUGACAUCCUUGGGCUUCGAGCUCAAGAACAGCCGGAGUGGUUCCUCCAUCCUUCUGUACAAGCGCGGCAGCAAGAAUGAUCAGAAGAAGCCUACGCCUCGAUCUGAUGCAGUGGCGGAGGCUUCCCACAGUUCAGCUCCCGCACGCUCACCAAAGCAGUCAACAUUCACUUGGCAAAAUCUGGACUACCACGUGCCAUUCCAGGGAGAGAAGAGGCAGCUUCUGAACAAAGUCUUUGGUUACGUGAAGCCUGGCAAUUUGGUUGCGUUGAUGGGAGCCUCUGGAGCUGGCAAGACAACUCUUCUUGAUGUUCUUGCGCAGCGAAAAGACUCGGGAGAAGUGUAUGGCUCAAUUCUCAUUGACGGUCGCCCACAAGGAAUCAGCUUUCAGAGAACCACUGGCUACUGUGAGCAAAUGGACGUGCACGAGCCGACAGCAACCGUCAAAGAGGCUCUCGUCUUCUCUGCCCUACUGCGCCAACAAGCUUCAAUUACACGGGAAGAAAAGCUUGCCUAUGUUGACCAUAUCAUCAAUCUGUUGGAACUGGGAGACAUCGAGGACGCACUCAUUGGAGUCCCUGGUGCAGGUUUAAGCAUCGAGCAGCGGAAGAGGGUGACUUUGGGUGUUGAACUUGUCGCUAAGCCCACUUUGCUCUUCCUCGAUGAACCCACUUCUGGUCUGGAUGGACAAAGUGCAUUCAACAUUGUGCGGUUCCUCCGCAAGCUAGUGGAUGGUGGUCAGGCUGUUCUGUGCACCAUUCAUCAACCUUCCGCUGUUUUAUUCGACGCUUUUGAUGGCUUAUUGCUCUUGGCAAAAGGGGGACGCAUGACAUAUUUCGGAGAAACUGGCCACGAGUCCGGCAAGAUUCUCGACUACUUUUCUCGAAAUGGCGCACCUUGUCCUCCCGGCGCGAACCCAGCUGAACAUAUCAUCGACGUGGUGCAAGGAGGCGGCGAGUCACAAAAGACAGAUUGGGUCGAGGUUUGGAAUCAGUCAUCUGAACGUCAAACCGCCCUCUCGGAGCUCGAAGCUCUCAACAAGGCAGGAAUGGAAGAUACCGCGUACGAGGAAAAUACUGCCACAUUCGCCACGAGUCACUGGUUCCAGUUCAAAAUGGUCACUACGCGUCUGAGUCUGAAGAUCUGGCGAUCUCCGGACUAUAUGUGGAAUAAAUUCAUUCUUCACAUCUUUGCCGCCCUUUUCAGCGGCUUCACUUUCUGGAAGCUUGGGAAUGGAACAUUUUCCCUCCAACUACGGCUCUUCGCCGUGUUCAACUUCAUUUUCGUUGCGCCAGGCUGUAUCAACCAAAUGCAGCCUUUCUUCUUAGCAAACAGGGAUAUCUUCGAAACGCGAGAGAAGAAGUCCAAAACUUACCACUGGAUUGCUUUCAUCGGUGCUCAAACGGUGGCUGAGAUUCCUUAUCUCAUCGUUUGCGCCACUCUCUACUUCGUGUGCUUCUACUUUACAGCCGGAUUGCCUGUCAAAGCCAGUAUCUCGGGCCACUUUUACCUGCAGAUGAUCUUCUAUGAAUUCCUCUACACUUCUAUCGGUCAAGCCAUCGCAGCCUAUGCGCCAAACGAGUACUUUGCAGCGGUCAUGAAUCCAGUUCUACUCGGCGCAGGCCUGGUCAGUUUCUGCGGUGUUGUGGUACCAUACAGCCAGAUGCAGCCAUUCUGGCGCUACUGGAUGUACUACCUCGAUCCCUUUACCUACCUUGUCGGUGGUCUGUUGGGCGAGAUUCUGUGGGAUGUCAAAGUUGAGUGCGAACCCUCGGAAUACGUCACUUUCAGUGCUCCUUCUGGCCAGACUUGUGGCGAGUAUAUGUCGGACUUUUUGUCCUCCCGGCCUGGCUAUUUACUUGACCCCAACUCCACCAGCUGCUCGUUCUGCCAGUACUCGUCUGGUGCCGAGUAUGCCAAGACAUUCAACCUUCAGGCUAAGUAUUAUUCUUGGAGAGAUACUGCGAUCACUGCGCUCUUUUGUAUCUCAUCCUACGCGCUUGUCUUCCUCAUGAUGAAAUUGCGAAGCAAAAAAACAAAAAGUGCUCGGUCCGAAUAG